UCCCACAAAGAGGAGAGAGGGAAGGAAGGAAGGAAGGAAGGAAGGAAGGAAGGAAGGAAGGAAGGAAGGAAGGUGCCCCCUGCCCACCCAAAGCCCCAAACUCCUGGGACUGGGGGGAGGGGAGGAGCGAGCCCCCUUCCCUUCCUCCCUCCUCUUCCUCCUCUUCUUCUUCCUCCUCUUCCUCUGGGCUCCUGCUUCUGCUCCUGGCUGAGCCUGGUGGCACCAUGCCCCCCCAUCUCCAUCCUCCUCUUCCUGCCUUUCCCUGCCGGAGCUGGGCGCUGGCCCUCCUGGGGCUCCUGGUGGGCCUCCUCCUCCUGGCAGACCUCUCCGAGAUCCAGGUGGAGAACAGGAAUUCUGGAGGCAGAGGUGCAAUCAGAUCAGCGGCAAGUGGCUUCCAUAGCAAAUCUAAUAGGGCUGAAGUGAUCAUAAAUGGGUCUUCACCUCCACUUGUUCUUGACAGAAGUAGUGAAAAUAUUAAGCACCAAGACAGGCCAUCCUCAUCCAGAUGGAGCCAUAACCAGACCCUCGCUUUGAAGAUCAGGAAACACAUCUUGAAGUUUCUGGAUGCUGAGAAAGACAUCUCAGUGCUGAAGGGGACUCUCAAACCUGGGGAUAUUAUCCACUAUGUGUUCGACAGAGACAGCACCAUGAAUGUGUCCCAAAACCUCUAUGCUCUCUUGCCCAGGACCUCGCCCUUGAAAGGCAAACACUUCCAGACCUGUGCCAUUGUGGGAAAUUCAGGCAUCCUGUUGAACAGUGGCUGCGGAGAGGAAAUCGAUGCUCACAGCUUUGUGAUAAGAUGCAACCUUGCCCCAGUCCAAGAAUACACUCAAGAUGUUGGAACAAAGACAGACCUGGUCACAAUGAACCCUUCGGUCAUCCAGCGAGCCUUUGAGGACUUAGUGAAUGACACCUGGCGGGAGAAGCUUCUUCAGCGUCUACACAGCCUCAAUGGCAGCAUCCUCUGGAUCCCGGCCUUCAUGGCCAAAGGGGGCAAGGAGCGCGUGGAAUGGGUCAAUGAACUCAUCCUCAAGAAGCACAUCAACGUCCGCACUGCCUACCCUUCCCUGCGCCUCUUGCAUGCCGUCCGGGGAUACUGGCUAACUAACAAAGUGUACAUAAAACGGCCCACCACCGGCCUGCUGAUGUACACCCUGGCGACUCGCUUCUGCAACAGGAUCUAUCUCUAUGGUUUCUGGCCCUUUCCUCGGGAUCAAGACCAGAACCCUGUCAAGUACCACUACUAUGACAGUUUGAAAUAUGGCUACAUGUCCCAGACUAGCCCGCACACCAUGCCCUUGGAGUUCAAAGCCCUGAAAGCCCUUCACCAGCAAGGAGCCUUGAAACUUACAGUGGGGGAGUGCGAUGGGGCCACAUAGAGAAGCUUUCCAGAGACUCACAUUUCCCGCCAGAGGAAAUGCAUUGUGGAGGGGAAGGCAAGGAUGAGCAGAGGAUGAGUAGGUGACAGAGUCCGUGCCCUUUGUUAACUGUCCAGGAUGGAGGCGCGGGUGUGUCUAUGGGGCACAAUGGGUGCUCCAGGUCUGAGUGGUAUUGCUGUUUGGUGUCAGGGAGGAGCAGAAAGGAUGGGAAGAGAAGGAGCCCAGGGCAACGGAUCAGCUGGCUGAAGAACUGGGCCGAAGGGGUCCUUAAUGACAAUGUUUCUCCCCCUCCUCUAGACUUAGAAAGUCGCUGUGGUUGGUUCGUAUAGGUACUUUAUGUGGCAACUAUAUGUUAGACCAAGUGUCGUGAGUGGUCUGGAGUUGGUAGCUAGGGCCUCUGUUGGCCAAGGAGUUGGGUUUCCCAGCUUGUGUUGUGUUCUUGGCUUAGUGGUAAUACAGGGGAGGGCAGCAAAGGGGUGGGGGGUUAUUCCUUACAUCUUCUAUAGGAAAGCAAAAAAGGAACUUUUUGAAUUGAGCUAAUGGAAAGUUGCGGUGGUCAGUUGUGCGGAGAAGUUGGCCCAAGAGUUCUUAAGGGAGUUUAUGGCUUGGACAGGGAAGGGACUGACUGGCGGAGACCUUUCGUUUCAGAGAACUGAAUGGUGCUCAACUUGGGAAUAGCAGGUUGCAGGCGCUUGGAGAUGAGAUGGUUAGACGUUGUGCCCAUUUUAAAAGAAGGGAAAGAAAGUAUCAGGGCUACCAUAAGAUGAAGUGGCUAAUAUAAUUUUUCUCAAUAUACAAAGAGGAUGGAGUGGACUUGGGUGGGUCCUGUGGUUUUGUUUCCUUUUCUUCCUUUGUAAAGAAAAGUCUUUGGGGGUGUUGUGUGUAGCAGUGUUUCUCAUGCUCUUUGAUGUGAGGGACUGGCAAUUACUUUUUUCUUAUGUGCCAGGGACUGGCGCCAUUUUUAUACACAUUGGCAACAACUGUUCCUUUCCUGGAAACUCUCAUUGGACUAGCAGUCAAUGGCUUGUGGACCACUUUGGCUCCACGGACUACUGCUAUGAGCAGCACAGGUGUGCCAGAGAUGCCAACACAAGCUGUGAGUGUUGUGGGUUCAGCUUUUAGAAGACGGGGCACUCCCCUUCAGACCAAAUUCAUGACCCAAGUUCUUCUGUAGAACCAAGCUGCAGAUGUCAAAGCAAGUUGCAUUUUUAUGAACCAUUCAAACCAGCAGUUUAUUGUGAUUUAGCUAAUCUGUUUUUUAAAAAAGUUUUCCAGCGA